AUGAAGGCGGCGCGUACCAUAGCCACUUGUUUCUUACUCUUGGUACCUUUGGUACCAAGAAAUGGAGUCCAUGACACCAACGACACUUCACCUUCGUACGAGCUUACUCAAACCAAACCAGGAGGAGGAGGUGGCAAGCCCGGAGGUCAACCAGGCGGUGGUAAUCCUGGCCGUCAACCAGGUGGUGGCAAGCCUGGUAGAAGGCCUGGAGGUAAACGCCCUGGUCACAAGAAGAAUAAACGCCCAUCUGGAAAUCCAGGUGGACCCAAUCCCCCUCCUCCUAGACAGCCAGGCAAUGGUGGCGAUUCUUCUGGCAUCCAAGCUCCAAAGCAAUCACAAUCUGUAUACGUUACCCAAUAUCAAGAAGUGGGACUUCGUGGUUUAGCUGAGUCAAAUGCAUAUUCAACGGCUUUAACACAUGGAGGAGGUGGUGGUUUAGCCACGUCAGGUUCACAUUCAAGUUCUUUGACUCACAGAGGUAAAAGUAAAUCGAAAUCAAAUGGAUUUGCACAUUCAUUAUUAGAUCCGAGAAAUAGCUACGGUGGCAAUGCGAACUCUUAUACAGAUGUUCUGACAAGUCUAGGAGGCGGAGAUUCUACACAGGCAGGUUCAUAUUCGAAUGCGGCAAGUGGAGGAGGAGACGGAGAUGGUUCAGUACAGACUGGAGCUUAUUCGAAUGCUGCAACUAAUGGAGUAUUAUUACAUCAUUUGAUUUAUGAAAAUUGGCUCAGUCUGAAUUUAGUUAAUAUAUUCGCAGGAGGCAGGGGUGGUUCAGCACAAUCGGGUGCUUAUUCCAGUGCUACCAACAAAGGAGGCAGGGGAGGUGCAGCAGAGUCAGGAGCAUACUCCAAUGCUAUGACCAAUGGAGGCAGAGGAGGUGGUUCAGCUCAAUCCGGGGCAUACUCCAAUGCUAUGAACAACGGAGGAAAAGGAGGUGGUUCAGCUCAAUCCGGGGCUUACUCGACUGCUAUGAACAACGGAGGAAGAGGAGGUGGUUCAGCUCAAUCCGGGGCUUACUCCAAUGCUAUGAACAACGGAGGAAGAGGAGGUGGUUCAGCUCAAUCCGGGGCUUACUCCAAUGCUAUGAACAACGGAGGAAAAGGGGGUGGUUUAGCUCAAUCCGGGGCUUAUUCCAAUGCUAUGAACAACGGAGAAAAAGGAGGUGGUUCAGCUCAAUCCGGGGCUUACUCGACUGCUAUGAACAAAGGAGGAAGAGGAGGAGGUUCAGCACAGUCUGGAGCGUACUCGAGUGUUUUGGCCAAUGGAGGAGGCAGGGGUGGUUCGGCACAGUCUGGAGCAUACUCCAAUGCUAUGGCUAAUGGAGGAAAAGGAGCUGGUGUAGCACAAUCAGGAGCGUACUCAAGUGCUUUGGCCAAUGGUGGAAAAGGAGGUAGUUCAGCACAAUCAGGAGCGUACUCAAGUGCUUUGACCAAUGGAGGAAAAGGAGGUGGUUCAGCACAAUCAGGAGCGUACUCAAGUUCUUUGACCAAUGGAGGAAAAGGAGGUGGUUCAGCACAAUCAGGAGCGUACUCAAGUGCUCUGACUAAUGGAGGAAAAGGUGGUGGUUCAGCACAAUCAGAAGCGUACUCAAGUGCUAUGAACAACGGAGGAAAAGGAGCUGGUGUAGCACAAUCAGGAGCGUACUCGAGUGCUUUGACUAAUGGAGGUGGCAAGGGUGGUUCAGCUCAGUCUGGAGCAUACUCCAGUGCCAUGAAUAAUGGAGGAGGCAGGGGUGGCUCAGCACAGUCUGGAGCUUACUCUGGUGCUCAAACAAAUGGAGGCAAGGGCGGUGCAGCGCAAUCAGGAGCUUAUUCUAGUGCUGUAACGAAUGGAGGAGGCAAGGGUAGUGCUGCGCAAUCAGGAGCUUAUUCUGGUGCUGUAACCAAUGGAGCAGGCAUGGGUGGUGUAGCGCAGUCAGGAGCCUAUUCUAGUGCUGUAACCGACGGAGGAGGUCAGGGUGGUGCAGCUCAGUCCGGUGCAUACUCCAGUGCUGUAACCAACGGAGGUAAAAAAGGUGGUUCAACAAAGUCUGGAGAACUGACGCCUGGAAAAGACAGUGAAUCAGCUGAAGAAUCGCAAGAUGAUGAAUCAAAGCCAGUAGAACAAUCACAAGAGGGUGAAACAAACUCCAAAGAAACAUCACAGGAAGAGAAUUCACAGUCAGGAGAGAAAUCCCAGGAGAAUGAAUCAACGCCUGGAGAAAUGUCACAGGAGGGCGAAACAAAGUCCGAGGAGAAAUCACAGGAAAAUCAAACAAAGUCCGGGGAAAAGUCACAAGAGGGGGAAACACAGUCAGGAGAAAACUCAGAGGAAGAGGAAACACAGUCAGAAGACAAAUCACAGGAAGAGGAAACACAGCCAGGAGAGAAAUCCCAAGAGGAAGAAUCAACGCCUGGAGAAAAGUCACAGGAGGACGAAACAAAGUCCGGAGAGAAAUCACAGGAAGAGGAAACAAAGUCCGGGGAGAAAUCACAGGAAGAGGAAACGAAGUCAGGAGAGAAAUCACAGGAGGAUGAAACAAUGCCUGGAGAGAAAUCACAGGAGGAUGAAUCAACUGCUGGAGAGAAAUCACAGGAGGGCGAUACCAAGUCCGGGGAGAAAUCACAGGAAGAGGAAACACUGUCUGUAGAGAAAUCACAGGAGGAUAAAUCAAUGCCUGGAGAAAAAGCACAGGAGGGCGAAACUAAGUCCGGGGAGAAAUCACAGGAAGAGGAAACACAGUCUGGGGAGAAAUCACAGGACGAUGAAUCAACUGCUGGAGAGAAAUCACAGGAGGACGAAACCAAGUCCGGGGAGAAAACACAAGAAGAGGAAACACAGUCUGGAGAGAAAUCUCAAGAGGAGGAACCAAAGCCAGACAAAGUGACAACAGGCAUGGGUGGUGCAGCGCAAACGGGCGCAUAUUCCAGUGCUGUAACAAACGGAGGAGGCAGGGGUGGUGCAGCACAAUCUGGCGCAUAUUCCGGUGCUGUAACUAACGGAGGUAAGGGCGGAGCAGCGCACUCAGGAGCCUAUUCUAGUGCUGUAACCAACGGAGCAGGUAAGGGUGGUGCAGCGCAGUCAGGCGCCUAUUCCGGUGCUGUAACCAACGGAGCAGGCAAGGGCGGAGCAGCGCAGUCAGGCGCCUAUUCGAGUGCUGUAACCAAAGGAGGUGGCAAAAGAGGUGCAGCGCAGUCUGGUGCAUACUCCGGUGCCGUAACUAAUGGAGGAGGACGUGGUGGAGUAGCGCAAUCAGGCGCAUAUUCUAGUGCUAUGACCAAUGGAGGAGGCAAAGAUGGUGCAGCUCAAUCGGGUGCAUAUUCUGGUGCUGGAACCAAUGGAGACGGUGGUGCAGCGCAGUCAGGAGCGUACUCCAGUGCAGUAACCAACGGAGAGGGUGAGGGCGGGUCAGCACAGUCGGGUGCAUAUUCCAGUGCUGUGACUAAUGGAGGUAAAAAAGGUAAUUCAGCGAAGUCUGAAGAAGUGACGCCAAAUAAAGACACUGAAUCAGAAGAAGAAUCGCAAGAUGAUGAAUUAAGGCCAGCAGAACGAUCACAAGAGGAGAAACCAACAUCUGGAGAGGAGUCACAGGAGAGUGAAACAAAGUCCGUAGAAAAGUCACAAGAAAAGGAAACACAACCAGGAGACAAAUCGAAAUCAGGAGAGCCAUCUCAGGAGGACGAAACAAAGUCUGAAGAAGUUACCACAGAAGAAGAACUCGAAUCAGGAGAGAUGUCACAGGAUGAACAAUCAAUGCCUGGAGAGGAAUCACAGGAAAAUGAAACCAAUUCCGGAGAAGUGACCCCAGAAGAAGAACCCGAAUCAAGAGAGAUGUCACAGGAAGAAGAAUUAAUGCCUGGAGAGGAAUCACAGGAAAAUGAAACCAACUCCGGAGAAGUGACCCCAGAAGAAGAACCCGAAUCAAGAGAGAUGUCACAGGAAGAAGAAUUAAUGCCUGGAGAGGAAUCACAGGAAAAUGAAACCAACUCCGGAGAAGUGACCCCAGAAGAAGAACCCGAAUCAAGAGAGAUGCCACAGGAAGAAGAAUCACAGGAAAAUGAAACCAAGUCCGGAGAAGUGGUCCCAGAAGAAGAACCUGGAUCAGGAGAGAUUUCACAGGAAGAAGGAUCAACGCCUGGAGAAAAAUCACAGGAAAAUGAAACCAACUCCGGAGAAGUGAUCCCAGAAGAAGAAUCAGGUUCAGGAGAGAAAUCCCAGGAGGAAUCAAAGCCAGGAAAAGUGAAAACAGGCAUGGGUGGUGCAGCGCAAUCGGGCGCAUAUUCCAGUGCUAUAAACGGAGGAGGUAAGGGUGGUGCAGCUAAAUCCGGUGCAUACUCCAGCGCUGCAACCAACGGAGAUGGUUCUGCGCAGUCUGGUGCAUAUUCUGGUGCCGUAACCAACGGAGGUGGCAAAGGUGGUGCAGCACAAUCAGGUGCAUAUUCUGGCGCUGUAACCAAUGGAGAGGGUGGUACAGCGCAGUCAGGUGCAUACUCCAGUGCAGUAACCAAUGGAGAGGGUGAAGGUGGAUCAGCCCAGUCUGGUGCAUAUUCCAGUGCUAUAAUCAAUGGAGGUAAAAAGGGUGGUUCAGCUAACUCUGCAGAAGUGACGCCAAGAAAAGACACAGAAUCAGGAGAAAAAUCGCCUGAUAAUGAAACAAAACCAGGAGAGAAAUCACAGGAAGAGCAAACACGGUCCGGAGAAAAAUCGCAGGAAGAGGGAACACAGUCCGGAGAGGAAUCGCAGGAGGAUGAAUCAACAACUGCUGGAGAGAAAUCGCAGGAGGGCGAAACAAAGUCCGGAGAAAAAUCACAGGAAGAGGAAACACAGUCCGGAGAGAAAUCACAGGAGGAUGAAUCAUCGCCUGGAGAGAAAUCACAGGAGGGCGAAACAAAGUCUGGGGAGAAAUCACAGGAAGAGGUAACACAGUCAGGGGAGAAAUCAAAGGAGGGUGAAUCAACUGCUGGAGAGAAAUCCCAGGAGGGUGAAACAAAGUCCGGAGAGAAAUCACAGAAAGAGGAAACACAGUCCGGAGAGAAAUCACAGGAGGGCGAAACAAAGUCCGGAGAGAAAUCACAGAAAGAGGAAACACAGUCCGGAGAGAAAUCCCAGGAGGGUGAAACAAAGUCCGGAGAGAAAUCACAGAAAGAGGAAACACAGUCCGGAGAGAAAUCACAGGAAAAGGAAACACGGUCAGGAGAAAAAUCACAGGAAGAGGGAACACAAUACGGGGAGAAAUCACAGGAGGAUGAAUCAACUGCUGGAGAGAAAUCACAGGAGGAUGAAUCAACUGCUGGAGAGAAAUCCCAGGAGGGUGAAACAAAGUCAGGAGAGAAAUCACAGGAGGAUGAAUCAACGCCUGGAGAAAAAUCUCAGGAGGGCGAAACAAAGUCUAGAGAGAAAUCACAGGAGGAUGAAACACAGUCUGGGGAGAAAUCACAGGAAGUGGAAACACAGUCAGGGGAGAAAUCACAGGAGAACGAAUCAUCGCCUGGAGAGAAAUCACAGGAGGGCGAAACAAUGUCCGAGGAAAAAUCACAGGAAGAGGAAACACAGUCCGGAGAGAAAUCACAGGAAGAGGAAACAGGGUCAGGAGAGAAAUCACAGGAGGAUGAAUCAACGCCUGGAGAAAAAUCACAGGAGGAUGAAUCAACGCCUGGAGAGAAAUCACAGGAGGGCGAAACAAAGUCCGGAGAGAAAUCACAGGAAGAGGAAACACAGUCCGGAGAGAAAUCACAGGAAGAGGAAACAGGGUCAGGAGAGAAAUCACAGGAGGAUGAAUCAACGCCUGGAGAGAAAUCACAGGAGGGCGAAAUGAAGUCCGGAGAGAAAUCACAGGAAGAGGAAACACAGUCCGGAGAUAAAUCACAGGAAGAGGAAACAGGGUCAGAAGAGAAAUCACAGGAGGAUGAAUCAACGCCUGGAGAAAAAUCACAGGAGGAUGGAUCAACUGCUGGAGAGAAAUCACAGGAGGGCGAAACAAAGUCCGGAGAGAAAUCACAGGAAGAGGAAACACAGUCCAGAGAGAAAUCACAGGAAGAGGAAACAGGGUUAGGAGAGAAAUCACAGGAGGAUGAAUCAACGCCUGGAGAAAAAUCACAGGAGGAUGAAUCAACGCCUGGAGAGAAAUCACAGGAGGGCGAAACAAAGUCCGGAGAGAAAUCACAGGAAGAGGAAACAGAGUCCGGAGAGAAAUCACAGGAAGAGGAAACAGGGUCAGGAGAGAAAUCACAGGAGGAUGAAUCAACGCCUGGAGAAAAAUCACAGGAGGGCGAAACGAAGUCCGGAGAGAAAUCACAGGAAGAGGAAACACAGUCCGGAGAGAAAUCACAGGAAGAGGAAACAGGGUCAGAAGAGAAAUCACAGGAGGAUGAAUCAACGCCUGGAGAGAAAUCACAGGAGGGCGAAACAAAGUCCGGAGAGAAAUCACAGGAAGAGGAAACACAGUCAGGAGAGAAAUCACAGGAGGAUGAAUCAACGCCUGGAGGAAAACCACAGGAGGGCGAAACAAAGUCUGGAGAGAAAUCACAGGAAGAGGAAACAGGGUUAGGAGAGAAAUCACAGGAAGAUGAAUCAACGCCUGGAGAAAAAUCACAGGAGGAUGAAUCAACGCCUCCAGAGAAAUCACAGGAGGGCGAAACAAAGUCCGGAGAGAAAUCACAGGAAGAGGAAACAGAGUCAGGAGAGAAAUCACAGGAGGAUGAAUCAACGCCUGGAGAAAAAUCACAGGAGGGCGAAACAAAGUCUGGGGAGAAAUCCCAGGAAGAGGAAACACAGUCCGGAGAGAAAUCACAGGAAGGCGAAACAAAGUCCGGAGAGAAAUCACAGGAAGAGGAAACACAGUCCGGAGAGAAAUCCCAGGAGGGUGAAACAAAGUCUGGAGAGAAAUCACAGGAAGAGGAAACAAAGUCCGGAGAGAAAUCACAGGAAGAAGAAACACAGUCCGGAGAAAAAUCACAGGAAGAGGGAACACAGUCUGGAGAGAAAUCACAGGAGGAUGGAUCAACUGCUGGAGAGAAAUCCCAGGAGGGUGAAACAAAGUCCAGAGAGAAAUCACAGGAAGAGGAAACACAGUCCGGAGAGAAAUCACAGGAGGGCGAAACAAAGUCCGGAGUGAAAUCACAGGAAGAGGAAACACAGUCCGGAGAGAAAUCCCAGGAGGGUGAAACAACGCCUGGAGAAAAAUCACAGGAGGAUGAAUCAACGCCUGGAGAGAAAUCACAGGAGGGUGAAACAAAGUCUGGAGAGAAAUCACAGGAAGAGGAAACAAAGUCCGGAGAGAAAUCACAGGAAGAAGAAACACAGUCCGGAGAAAAAUCACAGGAAGAGGGAACACAGUCUGGAGAGAAAUCACAGGAGAAUGGAUCAACUGCUGGAGAGAAAUCCCAGAAGGGUGAAACAAAGUCCAGAGAGAAAUCACAGGAAGAGGAAACACAGUCCGGAGAGAAAUCACAGGAGGGCGAAACAAAGUCCGGAGUGAAAUCACAGGAAGAGGAAACACAGUCCGGAGAGAAAUCCCAGGAGGGUGAAACAAAUUCCGGAGAGAAAUCACAGGAGGGUGAAACAACGCCUGGAGAAAAAUCACAGGAGGAUGAAUCAACGCCUGGAGAGAAAUCGCAGGAGGGCGAAACAAAGUCCGGAGAUAAAUCACAGGAAGAGGAAACAGAGUCAGGAGAGAAAUCACAGGAGGAUGAAUCAACGCCUGGAGGAAAAUCACAGGAGGGCGAAACAAAGUCUGGAGAGAAAUCACAGGAAGAGGAAACAAAGUCCGGAGAGAAAUCACAGGAAGAAGAAACACAGUCCGGAGAAAAAUCACAGGAAGAGGGAACACAGUCUGGAGAGAAAUCACAGGAAGAGGAAACACAGUCCGGUGAAAAAUCACAGGAAGAGGAAACACAGUCAGGGGAGCAAUCACAGGAAGAUGAAUCAUCGCCUGGAGAGAAAUCACAGGAGGGCGAAACAAAGUCAGGGGAGAAAUCACAGGAGGAUGAAUCAACGCCUGGAGGAAAAUCACAGGAGGGCGAAACAAAGUCUGGAGAGAAAUCACAGGAAGAGGAAACAAAGUCCAGAGAGAAAUCACAGGAAGAAGAAACACAGUCCGGAGAAAAAUCACAGGAACAGGGAACACAGUCUGGAGAGAAAUCACAGGAGGAAGGAUCAACUGCUGGAGAGAAAUCCCAGGAGGGUAAAACAAAGUCCGGAGAGAAAUCACAGGAAGAGGAAACACAGUCCGGAGAGAAAUCACAGGAAGAGGAAACAAAGUCUGGAGAGAAAUCACAGGAAGAGGAAACACAGUCCGGUGAAAAAUCACAGGAAGAGGAAACACAGUCAGGGGAGAAAUCACAGGAAGAUGAAUCAUCGCCUGGAGAGAAAUCACAGGAGGGCGAAACAAAGUCCGGAGAGAAAUCACAGGAGGGCGAAACACAGUCAGGGGAGAAAUCACAGGAAGAUGAAUCAACUGCUGGAGAGAAAUCCCAGGAGGAUGAAACAAAGUCAGGGGAGAAAUCACAGGAGGGUAAAACAAAGUCUGGGGAGAAAUCACAGGAAGAGGAAACACAGUCAGGGGAGAAAUCACAGGAGGAUGAAUCAACGCCUGGAGAAAAAUCUCAGGAGGGCGAAACAAUGUCCGGGGAAAAAUCACAGGAAGAGGAAACACAGUCGGGAGAGAAAUCCCAGGAGGGUGAAACAAAUUCCGGAGAGAAAUCACAGGAGGGCGAAACACAGUCAGGGGAGAAAUCACAGGAAGAUGAAUCAUCGCCUGGAGAGAAAUCACAGGAGGGCGAAACAAAGUCCGGAGAGAAAUCACAGGAAAAGGAAACACAGUCCGGAGAGAAAUCCCAGGAGGGUGAAACAAAUUCCGGAGAGAAAUCACAGGAGGGCGAAACACAGUCAGGGGAGAAAUCACAGGAAGAUGAAUCAUCGCCUGGAGAGAAAUCACAGGAGGGCGAAACAAAGUCCGGAGAGAAAUCACAGGAAGAGGAAACACAGUCCGGAGAGAAAUCACAGGAGGAUGAAUCAACUGCUGGAGAGAAAUCCCAGGAGGGUGAAACAAAUUCCGGAGAGAAAUCACAGGAGGGUGAAACAAAGUCUGGGGAGAAAUCACAGGAAGAGGUAACACAGUCAGGGGAGAAAUCACAGGAGGAUGAAUCAACUGCUGGAGAGAAAUCCCAGGAGGGUGAAACAAAGUCCGGAGAGAAAUCACAGGAAGAGGAAACACAGUCCGGAGAGAAAUCACAGGAGGGUGAAACAAAUUCCGGAGAGAAAUCACAGGAGGGUGAAACAAAGUCCGGAGAGAAAUCACAGGAAGAGGAAACACAGUCCGGAGAGAAAUCACAAGAGGAAACACAGGAAGAUGACUCAAUGUCGGGAGAAUUUUCCCCCGAAAAAGAGCCAGUUUCAGAAGAAAUGUCUCAACAAGAAGAAUCAAACUCUGGUGAAGUGACACCUGUCGAGGAGACAGCAUCAGAAGACCAGUCAGAAGAUCAGUCAAUGUCUGGCAAAGACAAGCCAUCUUAUGAAUCAGAAUCUCAAGAAAACGAGAAAGAACCCAAAUCAGGAGAAAAGUCACAGGAAGGUGAUUUAAAUUCAGAAGAAGUGCUGCCGGGAGAGGAGCCAUCUUCAGAAGAUAAUUUCAAAGAAAAAGAUUCAAAAUCAGGCAAGGACACAAAUACCAAACACCCUGUAAGGUGUGAUAAUUCUGGCAGAAGGAAAAGAAAAUCAGACUACAUUGAAAUUUGGAAGAAGUACUUAACACGUAUUUCGGAAGCCCGGGAUCGUGCAAGGAGAAGACAUCAUGACAAAUCUUCAAAACGAAAAUCAAGAACGAAACUCUGCCUGUGUAACGUAGACGAGACUGAAGCAACACCAAUAAAAGGUAAAGGACAUAAACUACAACAUCAUAAACACGAAGUACACAAAAAAGGGGAAGAACACAAAACACAUGAAGGACAGAAAACACAUGAAGGACAGAAAACACAUGAAGGACAGAAAACACAUGAAGAACACAAAAUACAUGAAGGACACAAGAAACAUGGAGGUCACAAAAGACAUGGAGGACACAGAAGACAUAAAAGCCAUGAACUACAUAAACGACUACUAAGACGCCUUAGACACAAAAAACGUGGCCAACAAGGAAACUGA